UCUGGGUGAUUGCGAACCCCAGUAGGACCCGUAUUUCCGCUCUGGUUGUUGUUCCGUCUCAUACUAGCCGUCAGUCUCCUGUUAGCUCUGUUAGCUCACAGUUUAAACCGCCUCAAGUCUUUUAGAUUAAACUAAUAAACUAAAAUGACCCCACACAGAGUCCAGGAGCUGCUAGCUGCUAGCUAACUCCACCAUUCUUCUACAGUUUUUCUUGCGCUAGCUGCUAGGCUAGCUCCUUUAGCGUUAUCUUCCUAUGUAACGUUAGCGCGCUAACGGAGCCUGCUAACAGUUCUAACCGGCUAGCCGCUGCGAUUUUGGGUUAGUUUGAUGAAAACACAUCAGAGAGGAACUGUUAGCAUGGAUUAACCCCGACCCACGGACACAACAAUAACAGUGUCGUGUGUGAGGAGGUUGAAUCCAUCAGCUCUGGCUGUAAAUCCGACCCUGCAGAGACCUCCAUCAGCUGAUCUGAGGUCAGAGUUUGACCUUCACUCUGAGAACGCUGGCCAGCAGCCAUGCUCACCUAGAGUCAGGUGUCAGUUUGUGCAGUGUGAAUAUCCAGAGACAGAGAUCAUGUCUGAGAACCAGGCCAACAACAACAACGUCCCCCUGAACAACAACAACAACAACAACAUGGGACCCAACAGGAUCCGCAACCCCAACAUCAACCAGAACCCUCUCAUUAACGUCCGAGACCGCCUCUUCCAUGCCCUGUUCUUCAAGAUGGCCGUCACAUACGCCCGACUGUUCCCUCCGUCUUUCAGGAGAGUCUUCGAGUUCUUCGUCCUUCUCAAGGCGCUCUUCGUCCUCUUCAUCCUCGCCUACAUCCACAUCGCCUUUUCCCGCUCGCCCAUCAACUGCCUGGAGGCGGUGAGGGAGCGCUGGCCUCGUGACGGCAUCCUGCGCGUGGAGAUCCAGAGGAACUCCAGCCGAGCGCCCAUCUUCCUGCAGCACUACGACUCCUCGGGUCUGCAGGAGGAGCUGGAGGGGGGAGGAGGAGCGGCAGAGCUGAACCUGGCAGACUUGCUAGAGGAUGACGAGGAGGAGGAGGAGAUGACCCUGGAGAUGUUUGACAACAGCUCAGUGCAGUUUGAGCUGGACAUCGAGCCUCGUCUGAAGCCCUCUCUGAUUGGAGGAGGUGUUGGAGGAGGAGGAGCAGGAGGAGGAGGAGGAGGAGUGAAUGACAGCCAGGAUGUCUCCUUCAGCCAGACCACUAAAGGUAUGCAGCCGCUGAAGGACUCAGUGUCUGAGCUGGAGAUGAUGACCAGAGCAGUGUGGCCUCAGGAGGAGUACAUCGUGGAGUAUUCUCUGGAGUACGGCUUCCUGCGUCUGUCUCAGAGCACCAGGCAGAGACUCAACAUCCCCGUCAUGGUCGUCACUCUGGAUCCCAUGAAGGACGAGUGUUUCGGUGACGGCUUCAGUCGCUUCCUGCUUGACGAGUUCUUGGGCUAUGACGACAUCCUGAUGUCCAGUGUAAAGGCACUCGCUGAGAACGAGGAGAACAAAGGGUUCCUGAGAAAUGUGGUGUCUGGAGAACAUUACCGCUUUGUCAGCAUGUGGAUGGCCAGAACCUCCUACCUGGCCGCCUUCGUCAUCAUGGUCAUAUUUACUCUGUCAGUGUCCAUGCUGCUCAGAUAUUCUCAUCACCAGAUCUUCGUCUUCAUCGUGGAUCUUCUUCAGAUGUUGGAGAUGAACAUGACGAUCGCCUUCCCAGCAGCCCCUCUGCUCACCGUCAUCCUGGCCCUCGUUGGCAUGGAGGCCAUCAUGUCAGAGUUCUUUAACGACACGACGACGGCCUUCUACAUCAUCCUCAUCGUCUGGUUGGCCGAUCAGUACGAUGCCAUCUGCUGCCACACCAACACCAGCAAACGCCACUGGCUAAGGUUCUUCUAUCUUUACCACUUUGCCUUCUACGCGUAUCACUACCGCUUCAACGGUCAGUACAGCAGCCUGGCUCUGGUCACCUCCUGGCUCUUCAUCCAGCACUCCAUGAUUUACUUCUUCCACCACUACGAGCUUCCUGCCAUCCUGCAGCAGAUACGGAUCCAGGAGAUGUUGCUGCAGAACCAGCAGGCGGGUCAGGCCAACCAGACGGCCCUGCAAGACAACCUGAACAACAACAAUAGUGCUGCUGCUGCUGCUGCUGCUGCCGCCGCCGCUGCCACAGGGCCUGCUGACACAGGGCCUGCUGACACAGGGCCUGCUGACACAGGGCCUGCUGACACCGCCCAACCAGGACCCAACAACACCCAGCCGGGGCCUCCGACUGACCCCCACACCUCCUCUGCCCCUGCAGCAGCAGGUGGAGGGGAGGUGAGGUCAGAGCUGAAUUGGGUCGCUCAGACGACCGCCAUCAUCACUGAAGCUCUGUCCUCCAACCAGCCGACCACUGCUGACACGGCCAACGCAGGAGGAGCACCUGGAGGUCAGGGGUCCGCAGGAGCAGCAGAGGUCAAUGUGAUGGCCGAGUUCUGGAUGGGAGGAGGAGCAGCAGGAGGAGGAACAGGAGGAGCAGCAGCAGGUGGAGGAACAGGAGGUGCAGCAGCAGGAGGAGGAUGUGGUGGUGGCGGUGAAGAAGACCGGGAUGUUGUUUCAGUUGAGAAUAAACCCACAGCAGGGGGAGCCGAUCCUCCACCCAGCCCUCCGCUCAGAGGGCGGCAGGCGGUGGAGACGGUGCCCUCGGAGGCGCCCCCCCCACAGACAGACUGUCCCCCCCCACAGAGUCCCGGUACAGACUGCAGAGCAGCACAGAGCCCGUCCUGAGAGUCGACCCGGUACCUCAGUCUGUCAUGGAUCAGGAAUCUCCAGACACAUUUUUAUUAUUUUAAACAAAUAUCGGAUUGAGUAGUUCAGUGUAUCCCAGCCUGAAGGCCACAAAGAAAGUGAUUUUUAUUUGUUUGUAAAUUACUGAAUAAUUUAUCAUCUUCAAAUGAAAUGGUUAAACUGCUCAACAGAGUUUAGUUCUAAAAACAAAAAGAAAACUAAUUUCACAGAUUAGUUUUAGGGAACAUAAAUCUGAGUGUCAUCUGCAUAUAAACGUGUUUUUAUUUUACAUCGGAAGCCGCCAAAACACACCUGCGUGCAAAAUAUAAAAGAUAUAAUAAAUUAAAUAUUUAGCUGCCACUAAAGAUUCUUUUCAUUAUCAUAUGAAAUAAAACACAUCAGACCUCUGUGUUUCUAUAACAAAUUAUAAAUCUGAUGAUCUUCAGUUUUUUACAAGAGUGUAUUAUGGCGUAAAUUUAAUCUCAGUUUUUUUUUGUAAAUGUACAACUUUAUUCUAAUUUUUUAACCUACAACGGUCUUAAUAUGCUCUCGUAAUUUCCCUGCAAAUAUUUUAGUUGAUGUCAACAAACUCGUCAGCUGUUUAAAAUAUAAAUCCUUUUAUCUUUAUGUUCAGACUCAAACCAGCAGAGGAUAUCUCCUAACAAGUACAGUGUGUACACAGCUGAUGUUUCCUUCUCUAUCUCACACACACACACACACACACACACACACACACACACACACACACACCGUCUUCACUAAAGCACCAAAUGUUAGUCCUGUUGGUUUAAUUAAAACUACAGUAAGCAGCUGUUUCACGAGAUGACCGAUGAAAUAUAUAUAUUUGUGUUUUCUAAGAUUCGUUGGACACGUUGGGAACUGAAAUAUAUAUUUAAAAAAAAACAGACUCGUCCUUUAAAUUGAGCUGAACACUUUAAAAUCACUUUGAACACUGAAAAAGAUUUCAAUAAUAAAAACAAUAAAACUCGUUAUUGAUCCGCCCUGAUUCUGACAGACUGAAGCACAAACUUGAUUUCUGUUUCCAUCUGCUUUUAAUUUGAAGAAAAGACUCUUUGAGAGCAGGAAGUAGUUCUGGUGGUCGGACUUCCUGUCAGGACGGAUGCCUUAUCAAUAAUCAGCAGCGGAGCGAGCUGAUUGGUUGUGCAAUAUGACGCCGGCUGUGUCACACUUUUGGCCCCGCCUCUUCCAGUCACUGUGAUGCGUUCAGGGACCAAAGCUCUCAAAAUGAAACGUCUGCAGGAGCGUUCAGGUGCUGCUUGGAAGCUCUUAAAUGUCAGUAUCUGGAAAUACUCAAGUCUUUGUAAAUCCAUUUAUCUAAAUAAAUAAAGUAUUAAAUUACAUAUCCAACAUGCUAAAGAUUGUAGAAGUCACAAAAACACCUCGCAUUAAAUUACACAGCAGUGUACAAAACAGCUCAAAUAAACAAUAAACUCUCAAAUACACAAUGAUAUUAUAUAUAUUUGUAUUAUAUGUACAAUAAUAUAACAUGUAUUAUUAUAUUACAGCUGAAACUACUGAUUAAUUUAUUAAUCUAUGUGUCUUCAGUUUCAUUUGUUCAAUUUUACUGUGAAAUAAAACCGAUUAUUCAACUCUUUAAAAAUAACUGAAACAAUAAAUUAAUUAUUUAAAAUAGUUGCAGCAUAAUUUCCUGUCGAUUGAUUAAUAGACUAAUCAUUGCGUCUCUGUAUUAUAUUAUUCUGUUAUAUUUACAAUAAUACAUCCAUACGAAGUAUUUCCAGAAAACAAAUCUCAAAUUCUAUAUGUUUAGAAAUUCAACAAGAUCCAGAGAUCCUGAAGGGAGCGACCGAAGAUAAAAGAUUGAUCAGAUUACGUGUUUGAUUAUUAAUGUAUUCUUUAAUAACUUCUCUUUCUCUUUAUCUGAGGCAAAGGCAGACUUUGUUCAAUUGGCUGAAAUCACCGCAGUCACAUGAUCAGUGGCAGCUGGUUAGGUACCUGAACGCACCGCAGGCUGCGGACCACUCUCGACUGAUUUAGUUUUUUUGAGAUCUCUGUUUGUAAAGAGGGCAGAGACUGAAGUGUGACAUCACAGACAGAAACUGAACAAAACUGAUGGGGGAGGGUUAUUUUUUGUUUUUCUUCGUGCCUCUGCUGGAUGACUGUAGCCUCAUUAGUUGAUCUGAAGCCUGAAAUUCAUCAAAUUGUAUUUAACUGUCCAGUAAAACCAGUGCAGCUGUUUGCACACAGACGUGUGGAUGUGUUAUCAUUAUUAUAUUAUUCUUUCUGUCUGUAUUAAAACCUCAGUGACCGUU